UUUUACUAGUAAUGGAGUCAUGGAGUGUCGUUCCCAUCAGUGUGCGGCAGCAACGAUGAACCCAUCGGGAUAUCGCGUUUGUUUUUCGGCCCCUGUGCGGACACGAUGAGUGCGGGCAGCGAGAUGAUAGGCGGACACGGGAUACGGACUCGUUCGCAGCACCCGUGUUAGCUAGAUGGGUUCCCAAACACUGGAGAUACUCCGGCAAGGGGUAUGGGCUAGUUUCACGGGAGGCUGGUUCUACGAUCCCAGGCAGGACCAUGAGUCCAACAUACUGCACCUCUACCUCUGGCUGUUCCUGUUGUGCCUGCCUUUUUCGUUGCACAUGUUCCUUGAGCCAGCACUGCCCGUCUGGCUUUGCUAUGCUGCCAUCGUGGGCAUGCUGUUUGCGACGCUCAAGAUCAUCAACGUGCGGCUCCACCAAAUGUUCGACAGCGGGGAGUGCAUUGAAGAGUCGAGCGAUGACUCGAACCGAUCUGUUUCCGUCGAUCACACCGGACAGAGCUCUCAAGGUCAUGGCUCGAAAAAGGAUUCGGAGCACAUCGAGAUGGCCGUCCUGAAACAGCGUCCGGACGAAGAGACACCACCCGUGCAAUGCAGCUCGCGCAAUUCCUUCAACGAUGGAGCCCACGCCCAGAUUCAUCCGGGCAGUGUGGUGGCUUCCAACGGCUCCAUGGAGCUGCUGGGGCGGCUGGCCCGCUCCGACGACUUCGAGAUGAAGUCGCACGGCGCCGUCUGUGGAAUCGACCUGCAAGUGGACGUGCACCAUCGAAACAGUUCGGGCAGUUCGGGUGGCUCGGCCUCCGUGAAGCAGGAGCGAGGAUUUCAUGGGACCAGUUCGGCGGCGCCGGGAACAGGCAGUCCGGACUUUGGACUCGCUGACGAAGUCCUGAAGGAUGUUACGGACCAUAAGUCUGGGGCCGUAUCGAUGCUGCCUGCACCUGCUGGAUUGUCUACGGGUGAUGAGCUUGCCGUGGCCUCGGGUUCAUCAACAUCGCUGCACCCAGACAACCACCGGAACCGCAGCGGGCACAGGCGCCGGAGUGGCGGCGCCGGCUUCCUCUCUUCUGGCUCUUCGUCCGGCUCGCUCCGCAACGCUACCGGCUCAGUCGAACUGGCUUUCCUGUCGCAGGACCCGAGCGUCCGCGCCGCAGAGCUCGCUCGCGCCGCGCAGCAGCGCAAGAGCAGCCAUGCGCUCCGUGGCAACGUCGAAGAUGACGCCAACUGGCUCGUACGGCGCGCACAUAGUGAGCUCGAGACCAGUGCCGCCGAAAAGCAGCGGUCUUCCAUUCCGCCAUCUCAUCCGGUGUCGCUGGAGGCCAUCCGCGUUGGGUCUUCGUCCUCAUCUACGACGGCGGUGCCGGCAAACGUCAGGCACGUGCGGAGGAGCGUCGAGUUCUCGCGCCCGCCGCUGAUGAACGACGGCGCCAUCAAGACGAUCACAGAGCAGCCGGCUGCGGAGACUCCGGCUAGCACGGCAUCGAGCGGGUCGAGCAGCAUGAAGUCACUGGUGAGGCAUCGCUCGCUUGAUGCGGCCACGUUGAGGCGGAGGGGCGGGCGUGGGGGUGGCAGUGAAAAGAAGAAUGACGAUAGGACUGGUGCCGUGGUGUCGGGCGAUGCCGACGGUCACGCCUCGGCAGGCAGGUGUUUCCCGUCAACCGACAGUGUGUCGUCGGCGUCUGGAGAGUCCGAUCGAAGCAGCAGCCACUUCACAGUUAUAUACAAGCCACUGGAUCCAUGCAGUGGAAAUCCACAGGAGCUUGAUCUGCCCGAGCAGUAUCCGGGAUGGCUGGAAGGGAACCCCAGGAAUCCGGAACCACUCCCCUCUCCGGCCUGCUCGGAGCGCAGCAGUGUUGCCGGCUUGGAUUGGCUUUUCUCUGGAGCCACUAGCCAAGCAGUGAACGAGGCAAAAGCAUCGGCACCUUCGGAGCUGUGCAAGGAGCUUGCGGAACCCAAGUCAUCCACGCCGCAGCGACCGACCGAAGCUGUUGAGACGUGCCUUGGCACUGGUGACGCGGAUUCCAGUCUCUCGUGGCAGUGUGACGAAGCCGUCAUGCGGGCCCGCAGCGGAUCGUCGGAGCAGAGCCUCUCCGACGGCAGUUCCCCGUCGUCUCCGGAUGAGAUGACGCCCCUUGGUGCCUCCGGACGCCUCUCCACGGCACUGGGGGCCAUCCCCAAGCAGUACAUGGAUGACGCCAGGGGGGACCAGGCAUACCCGCCAGUUCCGGGCACGUUCACGCGGACGACAGUGCGGUCGCUGCUGAGCCGUCGCCUGCUCGACAUUCUCAACCUCAACGACCCGCAAGAGUGCGAGGCAGAGCUGCAAAAGUUGAAGAGAGAGCUGGACAUCUGCCGACGGCUUGCCUCUAAUGCUGAGGAAACGCCACCGAGCUUCUCGCCGCAAACUUCAAAAGCUCCAGCCACAAACCGGAAGCGUCCAAAGCUGGCGGCGACUCGCAGGAAAGCCAGUUAUGGCACUUCCGAGUUUCUUUCUCUCCUGCCCAGCACUCCAGCCUUGCCUCAGGCCGACGGGCAAAAGGACGAAGAGUCGGCAACUGCAGUGGCGGCCGGCUGGACUUCGUCGGGCCGGCGAAACUGCACCGACAGGGGACCACCGGCCUAUCUCUUGGCCAGCAUCUUGUCGACGCCCGGCACCCACUUGGCCAUAUCUCAUGACGACACUUCACCCGGCGCAGUGCACUGCUUCCAAGAUGAGCAUGGGAACUGGCAGACAUACACAUUUGACGAGAACAGCACAGGCGUGUCCAGGGGCCUGGAGAUGUCGCCAGACACCAAAAUAUUUCAGAUGAUGUUUGACAGCAAGUGGGAGACGUCGUCUCACAGCAGCUCAAGCUCGAGCUCCACCACAAUGCUCGACAGUCCUGCCGCCUCUGCCGCGGUGCCUCCUCAUGGUGGUGGCUGCCCGAUCGCCAUGGGCUUCAGCCCCGCCCCCGGCAUGACGCCCUGCGUGACCACGACAGAGGCAUCUGUUGCCAUGGCGAGUGGCUUGAAGCUCCGCCCCUCCCCCCACCACCCCCAGCACCGCCCGCACCACCACGCCCACCACCAUUCGCAACAGCAGCAACAACAGCAGCAGCAACUACUGCAAGCGCAGCCGUCAUCUUCGUCGUCUCUUCAACAGUAUUCUCACCAACCUCGACACCACCACCGCCGGCGCGGUCACCACAGCGGCGGUCAGCGAGGCGAGGACGUUGGAACUGGGGUGCCGUCCACAUUGGACCUCUCGCUUCCAUCCGGAAUGGGUGCGGCGGCCCUUGGACUGCGCCGGGGCGGGGCUACGGUGCUGGAGAACCGGUUCGACCUGGGCGCCACAGGGGACGUGGCCGGUGUUCGGUUCGACGGUUCCCGAGGCAACAGCGGUCCGGUUCUUCUCGCCGAGUCCCUCCUCAGCCGCAUGGCCAUGGCGGCGGCGGCGAACGGUGGCGGCGUUGGGCCUGCGACGUUGUCGCAGACUGCAUCCUCACAGGACACCGAGCUGGACUCGACGUGUCACAUGCGGUUUGUGGGCAGUGGGACGCUGCGGGGCGGCAAGCCGCGCCACUACUACCGCUUCCGACUGCUCCCUUGCAAGUCCAUCAAAGUUGGGUUCGACCGCUUGGCCCUCAUCACUGUCCUAGACAGGAACCUGACGGUGAUGGAGAACGUCCUGUCGAUCGUCCUGGCUGUCCUGGUGGCUGUCCUGGGCUCCCUGUGCCUCUCCCAGGGCUUCUUCCAGGACAUCUACAGCUUCCUCUUCUGCUUUGUCAUGGCCAGCUGCCAGUACUGUCUGCUCAAGAGUGUUCAGCCAGAUGCUGCCUCACCAACGCAUGGAUACAACCGGGUGGUCCUGUACAGCCGUCCCGUGUACUUCUGCCUGUGCUGCUCGAUGCUCAUGCUUGUGCAGUUCCUCCUCGACUCCAACAUCGAGUACCCGCAGGUCACCCUGUAUGGGGUGCGUCUCGUCACCAAUGCAGCUGUGGCAUGGGCGCGGAGCUUCCUCAUAGCGUUCAUCCUGGCGUUUCCGGUGACCUUCAGCUUGGGGUUGCUGCCCCAGGUGAACACAUUUGUGACAUACCUAUUGGAACAGAUUGACAUGAACCUGUUUGGUGGAUCGGCGACCACUGGACUGGUGUCAGCCAUCUACUGCGUAUCACGAAGCCUGGCAUUUGUGGUGUGCCUAUUUGGACUGGCCUACGUGGCCCUAAAGGAAGGGCACAACCCGUCACAGCACAUAAUGUUCUCCCUGUUUUGCGGCUUUCUCGUCACCUCCUGCUAUCUGCUCAGUAGGAGUGCCAGUGAUCCCACCAUUCUCUGGAACCUCAUCAAGCGCCACCUGUGGUCGGAGAGUGCACCAACCGCCAAUGCCACCGACAGUGCUCCCGAAUAUGUCGAUCCACUGCCAGCAAAACUAGAAAAAACAUUUAGGGCCAGGCUUAGGACGGACGCGAUACACUGCGUCUUUGUGGCGAUCUUCGUGUUUGCAGUGCACGUCAGCACAAUGUUCUCGGCACUUCAGCCAUACCUGGAAAUGCUGCUUCACCUGACAGCCGUUGUGUGGGGCUUGCUGCUACACUAUGUGCUGCCCCAGCUGCGCAAGCAGCUGCCCUGGCUUUGCUGCGCCCACCCCAUCCUGAAGUCGAAUGAGCACCAGCAGUUCGAAGUGCGCGAACCAGCCCGAGUGAUGUGGUUCGAGAAGCUGCAAGUGUGGAUGUGGUUCAUCGAGAAGAACAUCGUCUACCCUCUGCUGUUCCUCAGUGCCGUGAGCACCAGCACGCCUGACAUCAUCAACCGCUUCGGAGUCGCCGGCGGCUGCCUGGUGUUGGUGGUGUGCGCCCUCAAGUGCCUGCGCAGUGCCUUCAACGACCCCUCGCAGCACUUCCUCGUGCUGCUCUUCACGGUGCUGUUCUUCACCUACGACUACCGGGGACCCAACGAGCCAUUCCUCAUCAACUACUUCUGCUGCCUGUUCGUCUUCUCCAAGGUGUACGAGUUGCUGCUCAAGAUUAGCUUCAUCAUCACGUACAUCGCCCCUUGGCAGAUUACAUGGGGAUCAGCAUUCCAUGCCUUUGCACAGCCCUUCAGCGUACCACAUUCGGCCAUGCUUUUCGUGCAAGCCAUCAUCUCUGCGAUCCUGUCGACUCCGCUGAGCCCCGUCCUUGGUAGCGCCAUCUUUUUCACCUCGUACGUCAGGCCGGUCAAAUUCUGGGAACGCGACUACAACACCAAAAGAGUGGACCACUCCAACACACGGUUGUCGUCCCAACUGGAACGAAAUCCAGGCUCGGACGACAACAACCUCAACUCGAUCUUCUACGAGCAUCUAACACGGUCCCUGCAGCAGUCACUGUACGGAGACCUGGCACUCGGACGCUGGGGCAACGUGACGCAGGGCGACUGCUUUGUGCUAGCCUCGGACAACCUCAACUGCCUGCUGCACAUCAUCGAACUCGCCAAUGGACUCGUGACGUUCCAGCUCAGGGGACUCGAGUUCAGAGGCACCUACUGCCAGCAGCGCGAGGUGGAGGCGAUCUCGGAGGGCGUCGAGGAGGACGAGGGUUGCUGCUGCUGCGAGCCGGGCCGGCUGCCACACUUGUUGUCGGCCAACGCAGCCUUUGGCCAACGCUGGCUCGCCUGGCAAGUGGCGGCGGCCCGCUACGUCCUCGAGGGCUACUCCAUCUCGGACAACUCGGCCGUCUCCAUGCUGCAGGUGUUCGAGCUUCGCAAGGCACUCGUUACCUACUACGUCAAGGCCAUCGUCUACUACACGGUCACUUCUAGUCAUCUGGAAGAGUGGCUUGCCCUACCAACAGUCAGAGACGCGCUGCACCCAACCUUGGACAGGAACUACACUGACGUGGACCCAGUGUUCAACAUGAACAUCGAUGAAGACUACGACUAUCGAGCUUCUGGGAUAUCGCGCAGUUCCUUCUGCAACGUCUACCUCGACUGGCUGCAGUUCUGCGUCGCUCGUUCAGGAAAGAACCUCGAGCACGACCGAAACUCCUUGGUUGUGUCUCUGUGCUUCUCGCUCAGUCUGCUGGCACGGCGCGCCCUGGGAACAGCAUCUCACAACUCGUUCUCAAGCAGCGUGGACCUCCUGCUGUACGGCCUGCACGCACUGUUCAAGGGCGACUUCCGCAUCACUUGCGUCCGGGACGAGUGGGUGUUUCAGGAUAUGGAACUCCUCCGUCGAGUCGUUGCGCCCAGCGUACGCAUGGCACUCAAGUUGCACCAGGAUCAUUUCCUCUCGGCUGAGUAUGACGACCAUGCGACGCUUUAUGACGCCAUCAGCAACUAUGAGAAGAACCUGGUCAUCUCCCACGAAGCUGACCCAGCCUGGCGUAACGCUGUGCUGUCGAGUGUCCCAUCGCUUCUGGCUCUGCGGCACGUGUUCGAUGACAGCUCGGACGACUACAAGAUCAUCAUGCUGAACAAGCGGCAGCUCAGCUUCCGGGUGAUCAAGGUGAACCGCGAGUGCGUCCGCGGCCUGUGGGCGGGACAGCAGCAGGAGCUGGUGUACCUGCGCAACCGCAACCCGGAGCGCGGCAGCAUCCAGAACGCUCGCCAGGCACUGCGCAACAUCAUCAACUCGUCGUGCGACCAGCCAAUCGGCUACCCCAUCUACGUGUCGCCGCUCACGACGUCGUUCCUGGAGACAUCGGAGCAGCUGUGCGGACUCAUCGGCGGACCGCUGAGCAUUUCGCGGUUUGGCGGUGCCCUCCUCGGAUUCUGGAACCGCCUCAAGAUACGAUGUGGUGAGGGCUGCUCGAGCGGCGGCACAGCAAUCCAGGAUGACAACAUCUUCGACUACACCAUGGCGGGCUCCCUGUCGGGAAGCAUCUCGAGAGCCCGCCGCAGCCACUCCAGCGGCUCGCACUCGGUGAGCUACACGGGGACGGACACCGGGAGCAGCAACGGGGGUGGUGGCGCGAACGGCGGCGGAAUCGGCACCGGUCUCGACCAGGGGAGCCGCAGCGUCGGCCGUACGUCGGCCUCGAGCAGCAUCGGCCGCGGCAGCACGUUGAGCAGCCUCGGCCGGAAUAGCACCAGCUUCACGAGGACCUCGCUGAAUAACCUGACGGUGUCGUCGUCGCUUGUGUACAAGCCCGGCGGCACGACACCCAGCAGCGGCAUGACAGUGCUGAGCUCCACGCCGUCGAGGCAGCAGCCGUUCAUCGUCGAGCAGCCGUCUUCGGGACCGUUCCUGGUGGAGGUGACACGGAGGAGCUCGGCGUCGGCCGUGGUGCCGCCACUCUAUUCGGGAAGUUUUGGAACGAACAUACCGAGUCUCGCCGCAAACCUGAGCAGUCUCGUCGGCAUCGCUGGGACGUCGGCAGCCGGCAUUCCGACGAACGUCCCUGCUACGUCCGCAAGUGCCCUCCGGGAAACGGCAAUGGUCUCUGGAGUGCAGUCAACGGAGAAGGUUAACAUCUGAGCAAGCUUUGGAACACUUUGAGCAUGGAGACCACUUGCAGCUCGUAUGUUUUCACUUGGUUAAGUGAACAAAACUCGGCGAUCUCACGCGAUUCUACCGCUACCACUAUCCGCAAGCUAUGGUCACUAAUGCGUUCCAGGAGGCUGCGGAGGCCGCUGGACUCGUCCUCAAUGAAGAUAACAUUCAAUCCGAGUUGAGUGGGCAGAUUAUCUAGAUGACAUCCAUGUGCUUGGUUUACCAAAUGAGGCAAAAUGCACAUACAUCUCUAUUCUAUUACCGUCAUGGAAUGCCUCUCCUGGUUGACGCUGCGUGGAGGGAUUCAAUCUGGGCCAAACUGUCACCACAGAUUGGGACAUCACAUAGACGUUUGCAGCAUGCUGGGUGUGCUGCAAGUCUGGAUGAUCUCGGUCGGUGUUGAAAGAAAAUGUGCAGCUGCAGUUCUGUUAGCUGGGCUUUGCAAGUGCAACAAGGUGAUGCUCCCAGGCAGAAUGCCAUGAAAAUCUUAGAAAUGUCAAAGUCAACAAAGUCAACAUCAUAGUCAGUGUAUGCACUUCAGGUGGCAAGGUGAUUUGUUUAACCUGUGCAUUUGUGUCUUUCAUUCAUUUCGUCAACAUGGUGACCAUGACCUUUUGAUUCGACUGCAACUGUGAACUUACUUUACAGUUGUCCACGCAUUCUGAGGAGUGUCUCCAGUGGUGCGACUCAACGCCCAGUACACUUUGUGCGCACUGGUUAGAAGUCAUACCUGUGCACUUUCACUUGUUGCGCCGAUCGAGGCAGGACCCGUGGACCUAACAUACCUCGUUCUCGUGGCACACUUGUGAUUGCGAGAACGUUUUUCUGACCGACGUGGUCAAAACCCUGCAGUAUGAUACUUUCUCUUAAGCGGCUCGACACGUUGUUGUCGUCGUACCUGGGAACCAUGCCUCUCUUUUGUCACGUGAUGGGUCUGACUUAUAGUUUUUCUCGGACCUGUGUUUGGGAGUGGAAGGAAAAAUACGAGUAACAUGAACCUAGUACCCGAGUUGGAGUGAGAGGGGGAAGGAUGUCAGUUUCCAGCCACAACCGCAAAGUUGACUCUGCCGUGUCCAUGUUUUUGUUUCGUGUAUGCGUGCGUGUGUGUCAGUGUGUCUGCGUCGUACCUCAUUACCUGUGAUGACCGCAGUAUGUCCACUAUGUCGCAGAACACAACAGUGCCGCGUGCAGUCAAACCUUGAUAUUGCAAAUACAGAUGUAACAAGUCAUCGUUAUAAUGAAGUAAACGAGGGAUAGUCUUGCCAUUAAUGCAGUGUUGCGAAUAUACACUUAUAACGAAUUUUCGGAUAUAGCGAAGAAAUUUUUUGUAUCAGAUGCGACUUCGUUUUAAUGAGGUUUGACUGUGUCAUUUUUUUUCCUUUUUUGAAAGUGUCACAUCGCCUUUCAGUGUUGUACUUUGCAGUACUGCUGCUGCGUUUCAAGAACUUGCUGUUCGAAGUCCGUAGGUUUCUCUUUUAUUGCUAUUUUUGCUUGAACUCUCAGCCCAAAUUGCACGAACUGAAAUCUUGUUUCUUUUCACAGCGUUUGAUCUUGUUUUGACGAUAUUUAGUUUUGAGCCAUCGCCAUCAGUCCCAACUACUUAAAAAGUGCGUGGUCUUCGUUUUGGUGCUGAUGUUUCCUUGUCACCCCUGUACAUUCUCAUGGCUCUGUGAGAAUGUCUGUGUGUGCUCUCUGCUUAUUUGUGUGCUUCUCGCGUAAACACUGCAGUUAAGAAAGACACCCUUCUUUAUAUGAAGCUGCAGCCUUGUCGACACUAGUACAUCAAGUGUGUUCCUUCCAGGUUUAAACGCCGUAACAGAAUGCCAACUGAAAGGUGUAGUCUAAAGGGAUCAAAUCGUUUAACCAAUGCUUUUUUGAUGAGCACUGUCUUAUGUUUUAAUACGAAUCUGCCUUCCGACCUUACAUGACGUCCAUGUUUCAUAUUCCUUCCAGUUUGUGUGACAAUGUCUUAUUCGCCCGUCUUUUGACUGCAGUGUGAAUGGGGCAGUUAGUGACUGAUUUAAAUACACAUCUCGUUCUGAUUCUUGCAGGGCUGCAUAUUCUGCAGUUAUACUUGGGGUAUUGUUGGCGAUGUUGCGCAGUUCCACGAGCAAGCCUGUCUUCUGAACGUUGCGAGUGCCGUAACCAUGGAGUGCAGUUUGCGCCUUCACUUGAAAAAUUAUCCUGAUGUUUGCUGGCGACCCAGCGAGGAUAUCUUUAAGAAUCGAGAUAAGUUUAUGUUCAGGUUUAGGUUCACAAAUUUAGGUUCAGGUUCACAAGUUUAGUUUCAGUGCAUAUUGCCACGUGCAUAUUGUCACGCAGUAUAAAUGAACUGUUAAACGUGUGAGCUAAAAGAAAACUGCCAUAUCUUUUGGUGAUGCAUAGCGUUAUCGCAGUUACAUGUGCUGAGAUAUCGGGCAUCUGUAGAGCACACUGAUCCUUCUUUCCAGAUUAAUGCAAAUCUAUGCAAACAUCAUGAACCAUGCAUAUCUUUUAGAUCUAGGUUCAGCAAAUGCAGAUAUUGCUAAGUACAAAUUUGCAAUGCAAUCUUUUAUUUGCAGUUUAUUUGUUAUAAAUAUAAAAUUGCUGAUGAGAUAGAUAAAUCAGAGCUCAACGCGUCUCUGUGUGACACAUUGCUCUAAAAGCUCAUGAACUACAAUGCACAUAUCAUACUGUUGGCCAAUUCAAUUAACAGUGUUAUGGAAGAGAUUAUCAUCACGGUAUAGCAUGUUCUGCAGACAAGCUUUCUCAGGGAGCUUUGUGUAUAUUACCAAUUUUCAAUCUGUACCUGCUUUCCGUGCAGGCACCGAUAAUAUAAUGUAUGAAUGCUUGUUGCACCGUGUGAUUAGUUUCUAGGCAUCAAUAUCUGGACGGGCCUGUCGUGACAGACUUGGUUAUUUGACCGCAGGAUGGCAUGCAGCCACAUCUAAGGCCUUUCUUUUUUUUUUGCAAUAGAUGUUCUGCAACAAUGUUUGUGAAGCCCAGGAGCUUAUGGAUCAUUUCUAAUCAGGGUAACAGCGUCGGUUUAGGUCAGCAUUUCCAUGUACGUCUUGCUUCCUCUAAAAACUUGAGUGAGAUGUGAUGUGUUGGAAGGUACAUGCAUUACAUGGGAUAACUUGUUAAAUCUGAUGGUACAGCCCCUUGGCAUUUGAUCUUGCGAAGCUGCUUCAUCGUUUCAUCCUCGUUGUAAGAAAAUUUGUGGGGUGCAGUUAGAUGACUAUAUAUAGAGAUGUUAGAAACCUUUUGUAAAAUUUCAGCCGGAGUUCAAUGUCGAAGAACCCACUGUUGUGAAUGUUUUCGGCAAACUGCUUAAAACAUGGUAACGUUGAGCUUACAUUGCUAACUGCGAAAGUGUCACUCGGCAAAUAAUCUGCUUCUUUUUUCCAAGAAAGGUGCCCGAUUUGCCGCAAACUUCAAUGCUUUCACGAUAUGUGGUGCUUAAUGAGGAAAGGGCUGUAAAUGGCUGAGGAUAAGCAGAAAUGAUCGUUAUCACCCCAUCUGUGCCAGUACAAAUGACCACAUUCUUUUGUUUACUUGACGCUUGUUUGUCACCAAGGUUGCUAUGCUGCCCUCAGGACGGGCAUGGCAACAAAAUUAACCUUUCGUGAAAACUCAGUGAGCUAAAAAGAGAACUUUUUUUAAGUACUCCAAAACGGUGCUUACAUGUUGUCACAUCAGCUUCAAAUGUAGCUACCUUUUUCUAUGUAGACAGAAGCCCUUAGAACAGCUCUUUACCCAUGCAUUAACACCGAAUUUCGAAUUAGGUAGGCAGGUCAUCAUGAAUAUUUUGUUAUAAUUUGUUUCUUUUUUAAUCAUUGUCAUCUGCUACACCGAGUGGAAGAUUGCAAAUACGGCAAUGUUGCUUCCUCUGGACAUUUGACAAAGGGUGGCACAAAAGAGAAUGAAAUAGGCGAUUAGAAAAUGCUCUGCCCUGGUGCUUUGAUUGAUCAACCUAGAAUUUGUACUAAUAAGAGCAAUUCUUGAAUGAUUUGGCAUGCCUAUCUUGGGAAACCAUUCCGUGACAUUAUUAUUUUGUUUUUGAUUUCAACAGUUUGCCCAUGCAACUGUCAUUGUUUACAAUCAAUUUUUUUUUGCAAUUUUCAUCACAAAUGAAUGGCGAAGCAUUCGUGUGCUUAAACCUCGAUGUCAUUUAGACGGUAGCAUUAACCACAGAUUGUGCAACCUUUACUUAUCCAAGUAAUAAUUCUUUGGAUUGAAAUGGAUACAGCAGAAGUGUGUAGCACCUUGGAGCUUAACUAAUCUUUUAAAAAGUCACAAUGGCACUGAAAGCCAGAGGCAGGAACUUUAGGUAAAUCCAUGUACAGCCAAUUGUAUCCAUUCUAUUUGGAGCAUAGGCAUCCAACUGAACAAUACUAGCGACACAUGCCGAUACUAGUGCAAGAUGUCUUUUGAGUACACUUAACAUGAAAACGCUUGCGCUACUUCCUUUCGCUUUGUGGAAUAAUGAUGCCAAUGUUUUGUCGGUGUCCCACUUCAGUUACGUGGGGCGUUUAAUUGCUACAAUUGUAAUUAUCAUUGCAUACUGCCGUGCAUUAGACAAACGUGCAAAAGCAGGUAGCAUUAAAGUGUUUUAUUUGUUCCAUUAAUCGAGAACUAUAGGUGUGAUUGUUCUGGUUGAAUUUGCGAUAUGGAUACCAGUGUCUGCUGUCAUCCUCUUUAAGUGUCAAAGCCAGUUUGUGUUAAUUGUAUGCAUUGUGCACUAAAUGACAGCAUCGUGAAUUGCAUAAGGUGCCAGUUCGUGGAGUGUUCUAACUUUUACUUCUUAUUUUCUUGCUUUGCUAGUAUGGAGCUUAAUGUGUAGAACUAUUUCUGGAAGUUCACUCUCCGGAAGUUGUUCUAAGGAAGCCGGAAUAUUGCCUAUGCCCUCUAUGAUGACGCAGUUGGUAAUUAAUAACCGUGGUUGUAUUUUACUAUGAGAACUAAUUUGAAGGGGAUCAAGCUCAUGCAAUGCCACUUCAUAUUUAUGUUUCUCUUCAUUUCUAAUUAGCAAGAACCUUUAUAUUUUAGCUGCUGUCAUCCUCUCUAACUUACCGUGAAAAUGCUAACGUCUUGCUAAUGCAACUCCUUAAUUCUUACAGAUUUUUUUAUUUCUUUUGAAAGCUGGCCCUUAAGCACAGUAAUUAGUAUUGCGUACUGAACAUGAAUAGCAUCAACUGCACCUGUAGCCAAACCAUACAAUGCUUAUUCACGAUUUUUUUUCCUGGUUCUUUUUUUUUUGCUUUAUUGCUGUUAUGAAAGCACUAACAGCAGCUUAUUUCGUGGUGCUUGCAAGUCAUGAGUAAAAAACUCGCUAGUCACCCUUCUAAGCCUUUCGUAGAAGACUUUUGCUGACGCCCUCUUUUCAACGGGUACCAGUUGUACAUACUGUACAAAAAGAAACUACAACAAAACAAGGUCGUCGGACAAUUUUGUUAGGUGAGACGUCCAGUAAAGCUUAGAACAAUUCUUCAAGCAUGUGAUAAGGAACACAUUGUCUGUACAUAGUUUGUGUUCCACCCUCGUUUCUGGCUUUGGUUCUUAACCUUGCGACAGUGCGUGUGUCCGUGUGUGUUGCCUCAGAUGACCUCUUGUGGAACGGACUUGGUUCCUACGAGCGGUUUUAACAGUGGCUACACUUUCGAACCUUAUCUGCAGGAACUGAAUGCUUGGUACACCUAGUCUUGAACUGAGGCACCAUUUCCUCUGCUGUGCGAGUGACCCUUGCGUGAUUGUGUGACUUGCGUGUACCUCCCCUCGGAAUGAAGCGGCGGAGGUGAAUCUACAUUUCAGCGUUUUUCUACUGAUUUGUAAGUUACCGUUGGCGAAUGGGUUGAAGAGGUUUCUUGUUGUAUUUUUACGUUCCUGGGAUUUAGUACUAUAUCGAGAACCUGUCAGUGCAUUGCUUUUUGUAUUGCCUAUUAAACUAUCACUG